AUGGCUUCACUCUCCUCAUCCACCACCGCCACCAUGAGCAGAGCAGUCCCAGCUCAAGCCACCAUGGUGGCUCCGUUCACCGGUCUCAAGUCUACCACAGCUUUUCCGGCAACCAAACAGGCCAAAACUGGCUUCUCCUCCCUCCCCACCAACGGCGGCAGGGUGCAGUGCAUGAAGGUGUGGCCACCACUCGGGUUGAAGAAGUACGAGACUCUUUCAUACCUGCCACCAUUGUCUGAGGCCUCAUUGGCUAAGGAAGUUGACUAUCUUCUUCGUAGCAAAUGGGUUCCUUGUUUGGAAUUCGAACUGGAACAUGGGUUUGUCUACCGUGAGAACCACAGGUCGCCCGGGUACUAUGAUGGAAGAUACUGGACAAUGUGGAAGCUGCCAAUGUUUGGGUGCACUGAUUCGGCUCAGGUGCUGAAGGAGCUUGAAGAAUGCAAGAAGGAGUACCCAAAUGCCUUUAUUCGUAUUAUUGGCUUUGAUAAUGUCCGUCAAGUCCAGUGUAUUAGUUUCAUUGCAUCUAAGCCAGCGGGGUUCUAA